GUUCUUCUUGCAUUAGCCUCACCCCUUCCAGCCCCACCCCCAACUCGAACAACCACAAUCCACAACUUCGAUCCAAGUCAAAAGGAAACGCACCUGCCAAUUUCGUUUCCUCGAACAGCUUUUCUUCACCAUCUUCAAAAUGCCAGUCCUCGAAGUCCUCCAACUAAAGAUCAAACCCAACAUCUCCCCGUCAGACCCCGCAAUCAUCACCAGUCUACAAACCGUCCGCACCUCCCUCGCCGAAAAGAUCCACCCCACACACUCCCGCUUCUACCAAUCCAUCGAAGAUCUCUCGCUAAUCUACGUCCUCGGACUCUGGACCUCUCUCAGCCAACACCAAGAUUUCCUCUCCUCAGAUUUGAGAGCCGAUAUCCUCGCCCCUCAGGAGCACCUACUGGAUUUCAGCUGGUGUGUUCACAUCCCGUUGGAAAAGAUGGAGGACUUACCGCUUGACGCGCCGGUGGUGGCGAUUGCGAGGAUCAAGGUCAAGAGUGGGCAGCAUCUGAGACUUCACAAUGAGAUUACGGGAAAGUAUAGGGAGAUGCUGGAGGAGAGGACGAGCCCGUCCGGUGUUGCUGAGGGUUGGACAGUUGAUCCUGAGGGCAGGGGGGCGGAGAAUGAGAAUAUGAUUAUUACGGGGUGGGAGAAGAAGGACGAUCAUUUGGCGUUUGGGGCUGGGAUGAGGGAGAAGUUUGAGGAUUAUAGGGGAUUGAGAGAUCAUUGGGAGAGCGUUGAGGCGAGUCAUACGAGGGAUAUGGAGAAGUAGAACUGUGGCGUGAGCGGUGGAGCUUCGUUGAGUUUGCGAGCUCCAUUUUCCGGAGGUAAAUGGCACAGUAAACUGCGGAUGUGCUUUGCUGGAUUUACUUUCGCGAGAGAUCUUAAUGUUCCUCAUUCCGAAAGAAAAUUCAGAGGAGAGAGAGGUUGCCCAAAAAUUGACAACAUAUUAGAAGGUCGUCGUCUAAAGAUUUUUCA